AUGGAGCCCCCUAGGCAGUCCACUUUCAAGUGGAAUGCUCACAUCAACUACUUUCGCCGAUGCCUGAUGGCGCUUCCAACGGCUGCUGAAGGCCAUGAUUCGAAUCGUAUCACGAUAGCCUACUUUUGCUUGUCUGCACUGGACCUGUUAGGCGCUCUGCAGGACAAGACCAGUGAAGAGCAGAGAAAUGGGUGGAUCGACUGGAUAUGGACGCUUCAAGCUCGCAAGUCGUUACUGACUUCUUCCACUGCUCUUGAACUGACUCGCGAGCUUAUACAGCUCAUGGAGAACGCUUCAACCUCCCCCGCGCACCUCCCCUCGACAUACACUGCCUUACUAUCCCUCGCCAUCCUCCGUGCGCCUUUAGAUCGACUGGAUAGAGCCGGCCUGGUAGCUUUCGUGAAGUCUUGUCAAUCACCAAACGGAUCCUUCUCGCCCACGGCGGACUCCUAUACCCUUGGUGGCUUUCAGUCCGAUGCUAGGAUGGCAUAUUGUGCUUGUGCAGUGUCAAACAUGAUCGGAGACAUGUCGGGGAUUGAUGUGCCGCUGUUGAGACAAUGGAUAGAGAGCUGCCGGACGUGGGAAGGAGGCUAUGGUUCUCGGCCUGGGGUGAUCGAAGCUCAAGGAGGAACCACAUACUGCUCCCUCACUUCUCUUGCCCUCCUGGAACAGGACUCGUCUCAUUCAACCUUGUCUCUCUCGUCGCUGGAUCAGCAGUCCCAAGACGACACAACGAGAUGGCUCGUUUCCCGGCAAAUCGGUGGCUUUCAAGGCCGUCCCGGAAAACUAGAGGACGUCUGCUACUCGUUCUGGUGUGGUGGUGCUCUUAAUGUCCUCGGCCAUGGCAACCUGGUUAGCCACUCCGAGAAUCAAUCUUUCCUUCUAUCAUCCCAAUCACCUUUCGGCGGCUUUGGUAAAGAGCCCGAAGACUACCCCGACCCGUUCCAUUCCUAUCUCGCCCUCGCCGCUCUGUCUUUAUCGAGCCUCGAGUCGUCGGUCGAGCAAGCAAGCUUGGGGUUGCAGGAGCUAGAUGUAAAGUGGAAUUGCAGCUGCGAGACAGCCAAGUAUCUAACAAAAGAGAUCCAUCGGAUCACAUCAUAG